CAAGUGCGACAUUUGGGAGCAAAUGUCUUUCUUUUGAGGCAGCACGUGUAGACGCGGACAAGUACUACCUUAUUAUUUCGAUAAAACUAUUUAGUUUAGAAAUAAUGCCGUCGGACGCGAAGAAAAGGGCACAACAGAAGAAGAAGGAACAAGCUAGUAACAGAAACAAAAAAACCGUGGCGAGGGUUACCAACGACGAGAAUGGCGACUCCGCGACCAACGGUACCGUCAAGGAAGACCGAGAGUUGACCGCUGAAGAGGCGCUAUGUCUCAAGUUGGAAGAGGAAGCGAAGAUGAACUCCGAAGCGCGGUCAUGCACCGGAUCGCUGGCUGUCCACCCGCGGUCCCGAGACAUCAAGAUAGCCAACUUCUCCAUUACCUUCUACGGUAGUGAACUGCUGCAGGACACGCUACUCGAGCUCAACUGCGGGAGACGAUAUGGCUUGGUCGGUCUUAAUGGCUGUGGGAAGUCCUCACUACUAGCUGCCCUGGGCCGCCGUGAGGUCCCGAUUCCGGAGCACAUCGACAUUUUCCACUUGACCAGGGAAAUGCCUGCCUCAGACAAGACUGCUUUGCAAUGCGUGAUGGAGGUCGACGAGGAAAGAAUUAAGUUAGAGAAACUCGCUGAGGAACUGGCGCAUUGCGAAGAUGACGAUGCCCAGGAGCAACUAAUGGAUGUCUACGAGCGUUUGGACGACCUCAGCGCUGACACGGCGGAGGCGCGCGCUGCCAACAUUCUUCACGGUCUAGGCUUCACUAAGGCUAUGCAACAGAAAGCCACCAAAGAUUUCUCUGGAGGUUGGCGGAUGCGUAUCGCGUUAGCUCGCGCGUUGUACGUGAAACCUCAUUUAUUACUUCUGGACGAGCCGACUAACCAUCUGGAUCUAGACGCCUGCGUGUGGCUUGAAGAGGAACUCAAACACUAUAAAAGGAUCCUAGUGCUAAUAUCACACUCUCAGGACUUUUUGAACGGCGUGUGCACGAACAUAGUUCACAUGAGUAAGCGCCGGCUCAAGUACUACACGGGGAACUACGAGGCGUUUGUCAAGACCCGCUGCGAAUUACUGGAGAAUCAAAUGAAGCAGUACAAUUGGGAACAAGACCAAAUUGCUCAUAUGAAGAAUUACAUAGCAAGAUUUGGUCACGGCUCAGCCAAAUUAGCUCGACAGGCUCAGUCCAAAGAGAAGACUCUAGCCAAAAUGAUCGCCCAAGGCCUCACAGAAAAGGUCAUCGACGACAAGACCCUCAAUUUCUACUUCCCAUCGUGUGGAAAAGUACCACCGCCCGUUAUUAUGGUCCAGAAUGUGUCAUUCAGGUAUUCAGACAACGGCCCCUGGAUCUACAAGAAUCUAGAAUUCGGUAUUGAUCUAGACACAAGGUUAGCCUUAGUGGGACCGAAUGGUGCGGGCAAAUCCACUUUGCUGAAGCUACUCUAUGGGGAUUUGGUGCCGUCAACCGGUAUGAUCCGCAAGAACUCCCAUCUCCGCAUCGGGCGGUACCACCAACACUUACACGAAUUGCUGGACCUAGACCUCUCCCCGCUCGACUACAUGAUGAAGGAGUUCCCCGAAGUGCGAGAGAGAGAGGAGAUGAGGAAGAUCAUCGGCAGAUACGGCCUCACUGGACGACAACAAGUAUGUCCAAUGCGUCAGUUGUCCGACGGGCAGCGUUGCCGCGUGGUGUUCGCGUGGCUGGCGUGGCAAACCCCGCACCUUCUGCUACUGGACGAGCCUACUAACCACUUGGAUAUGGAGACCAUCGACGCCUUAGCCGACGCCGUCAACGAGUUCGACGGCGGCAUGGUCCUCGUCAGCCACGACUUCAGGCUUAUUAACCAGGUCGCAGAAGAAAUCUGGAUUUGCGAGAAUGGGACCGUCACAAAAUGGGAGGGAGGCAUCCUUAAGUACAAGGACCACCUUAAGUCCAAGAUCCUUAAGGACAACGCGGACAACGCAGCCAGGAUGCGAAAAUAGUGAAAUUCCUUAGCUUACAUGGGCCUGAGUCUGGGCGUACUUUGACGUUAACUUAGAAAGAUUUCUACAAAACGCCCGCGAUAUAAUUCUAAUUGAUCGAUAAUUACGUGACACCGAAAACUGAGCUGUCGAAAUAAUGACAGAAUGCGCCAAGAAAGAAUUACUACGGGCUAAGUGGGGGUUAGCAUUUCACAUCUCACCAUCGAAUCGAUUCGAUAGUGAGAUGUGAAAUGGCGAAGUGAAAUGCUAACCCGCACUAACCCCUCUGAUAGCUAUCUCAAAACCAGAUUUUGUUGAUGACAUCAAAAUCUAAUAUUUACUGUGUAUUAGUAUCUAAAAUGAAUGAAUUAUUGAUUUUGAACACUAUUGGACAGUUUCUCUAAUGUUGCUUAGCUUUCGGAGUCUUAUCGACAGUCCACAACGCUGUGUUCACUUCAAGCUGGUACUUAACACGGAAAAUGUUAUGUGGCGGGCCUUACAGUACGUUUACAUGUUCGCCAAACGUUGCGGCGAUUAGUCGUAAAUAUCGAUAGUAUAUAGACCGUAAAUAAACUCCGAAAGUUUUCAAAGUGAGACGCAGCUACCAAUCGGAUUGCGGUGUGGUUGUCGUCGCAUCACAAUGUCACAUAGAUUGGUUCGUUUCGUUUCACUUUCGAAACUCGAUGGUCGAUAUUGAAGCAGAGUAUGAUUUGGCUCAAUGAGUCACUGCUGUCGAAUAUUUCACAAAUAAAUGAAAACAUUUCAAGAUAUGGCUAAAACUAGCUUAAUACAAUGCCUUGAUUUUGCUAACAUGUAAACUUUAAAAAACUGAACUGAACUUAAAUUUAUCGAAUGGGUUGCAAGUUCAUUAUCGUGAUUCUAAGUCGAGGAGUACGCUUCAUCGAUUCGGCUAUUAGCUUAACGAUUCUCGACUAUCUCUGUUACAGCACAGUAUGAGAAAAUGAAUUCUCAUUAUCUCGUGCAGAUCUCCACGACAUCUACUGGCCUUGGCAUGAAUGUUACAAAAAAAAAAAAAUGAAAUUUCUCAUUUAACAAAAAUGUGAUAAAAAGUUCAUCGAGGCCAGAUUAGAACGCGGCCCCAUCUCUCAGUCGUGCUCCGUUGUUUUGACGUCCGUCGACGGACGACGCGCAAAUUGCAUGUAAAUGUCGUGUGUACGUCAACGCACGUCAUUGUUAAACAUAUGGAAACCAACGGAGCACGACGAAACAACAAUGGGGCCUGGCUCUUAAAUCGUUAAAAGUAGCGUAAAGACAGUUUAAACUGUCCACAAUAUAAUGUAAAGGGUCCAUAAAGCAAUAUUAACAAUAACUUAAUACAUGAAUAUAUUUUGCUUAUAGAUUUUUCGCUCGAUUGUGUACGCACACCAAUGUAUGAUGACGUCAUUAGUGUAAUGUAUAAUGUAUAUUUUUGGAUAGGCUUAUUAACAUUUUUGGCAAUUGACUUCCCAUUUAACAGCUUCUCGGAUAAUACUAAAUUUUGAUUGAAUUUAUUGUGAUUGGCAGAAUUAGGAUUAGAAAUAUCAAAUUCAGCUAUGUCUAUAUCUUUAUGCAUGAGUAAAUGUCCAGCUAGAGAUAUUGUGAAUAGGUUGAUCUUAGAUUGUCGCAUGCUUCUUGCGAACCUUGUUGUACUUUAAAAUUAAUCUAUUUGUGGUUGUUCAGCGCACGAGGGUUUAGUGUCCGCCGUUACAGUUUUCAAAUUGUCCAAAUCGCAAAAUGUCCGAUAUCUUUCCAUUUCGCAGGACGUCUUUUUUGCACAAUUUGUAAUUUUCAAAGUUAAACAUCAUAGGCGUAAACCAUUUAGCCACAACCAAUGUGAUUCUCAUAACCAGACCUGUAAAGUCCGGCGCCAUUUUGAAUUUGGUCGCUCGAGUUGAGGCUCUUUGUCUCAAGGCUGUUUUAUUUUUUCCUUGAAACAGAUGUCAUCAAUCACCUUAAUUCCACUUUAAUAUUCGGUUGUUUUAGUUGUGGUGUCUUGAGCCGUAGGCGCUUAGAUGUUCUACACUUUUUUCUAUAUCUAUAGGCUUUGAGCCUAUGAUGACCUUGGCUUUAAUUUCUUUUAACAUCAGUAUUCGCUCUCUCAAAAUGUUGUCAAAAUGUAAACGUUAUGAAAUUAUCUAAUUUUAAACAUUCACAAUCGGUCUGGAACUAUAUCAUGUUAUUAAUCGUACCGGUGGAAAUUCCUGACCGAUAUAUUUAUGUUAACUUCCCGCCAAUUUACGUAUAAUUGUUGUUAUUGUAUAUUAUUUCCAAAUCAAUUAUUAUAUAGUGAUUCGCCGAAUAUUUUAUUGUUUAUUGUGUUAUUGCAUUAAUGGUACGUUUUUACAUACUCUAACUCUAAGCACAAUAUCUGGAUUAUACAUCAAUUAACAUUCAGGAGGACACGGGACUGCUAUGGCAGUAACAAAAAGUCUCGUGCACACCGAAUCAAUCUGCAGUACUUAAGUAAAGUUAACGUAAAUGCCGCAUAUGUGUUCGGUGGUCACGGGCCUUAAUAUAUCAUGUCUCAUCAAGUGUGCGCUGAAAUGUUAAUACUUGAAGGCCCACUGAAAUAUUUUAGCUAUCCUUGGUAUAUUUAAAAAAUGCGAAGUACUUUAGUGUAAGGUCGCUGGGAUUAUGUUAAAAUUACAUAACAUCCAUUUGUUCCAUCGUUCAGGUGAAUAAACUUUUCAUUCAUUAUUCUUUGCCAAAAAUGCUUCCGAUGUGCAUUCAAUGACCUCUCUCAGUGCUGAUCACUCUGCCCUCAUACACACAUCACAAAUAUUCAAAAAAGGAACUUAUACCAGCUGAAAAGUAACGACAAUUUGGCAAAUUUCGACGUACAAUGCUGGUUUUUUCUUGCGGAAAUGAAAAGCACAGAUACAAACUGCGCAAUGUACGUUCACUCUCUUAGGCAUCUGUUUUGAGUUGGUCGAGCGUGUUUAUGGCGGCGGUGUCUUUAGUAUAUAACCUAUGACUUUAUAAUACAGUUAUAUCAUUAUGUUGUUUUCUUAUGGCUAACAAUUAUAUCAUACUGAAUUUCACUGCACAUAGCUUUGAUUUGGCACGCGUACGCGCAUUUUAUAAUCACCCAUAAUAAAUUUAACAUUUGGAUGCUAAUUUAUAUCUGAACGAGUGGCUUGUGUUGUGUACAAUAGUGAGAAAUAUACACCAAUUUACACCAUUGAACGUAAGUAGUUAUGUAAAUAUGUUUUAGAACCACUGUUGACGGAGAUAGUCGCUUAUACCACUUUGUGAUCGACAAAUAUAGAAUUGUGAUUAUUUCGGCUGCCUAAUAAUAAUUAAUAAUAGUGGUGUUAAAAUAAUUGUAGUAAAAUGGCGUGUCAAGUUCACCUUAAAUCAUAUUUUCGCCAUGUCCAUGACUAUAUUAUUUGAAAAAUGUAAUAAUGUUAGAUUUUUCUAAUAAUAUAACGAUAAGAUAGCCACACGAAAAUUUACUGUAUGCUGAAAACGCUAUCCGUAUUUAUUUUCCGUACGUGUUUGACAUGUGUGUUAUUUUGUAAAAACAAUACUCAAAUUUCAACUGUACGAUUUAAAUAGGUAGGAUAAACAGUUAACUUAUUUAUUGCCUGGCCAAUAAUGUUGUGCCACUUCUAUGGUCAUGUUUUCACAUGAAACAUUAUGCAUAACUUAAAAUUUUCAUUGCUUAAAUAUUGAAUUCUAAAUUUAAAUACGAUUUGUACUUUUAAAAAAUAACACAUGUGACAAGCCGAGCUAACGAUAGCAUUUGUUGCGUAAGUAUAAUGUUAAUUAGUAUUAUCCGUAAUCCAACCACAGGGCUCACAUUAAAAUUCAUGUAACUCGACCAUUAUUAGGCUAAAGGUGUUUUCCCACGAGAUGUAACAAUCACAUGGCUCUGUUUCUGCGGACGCCCACGAUUGGCCGAUUUUUGCGUGUUGUCGCGUUGUGGAAAAACACAUGUAGUGACUAUUCCAUAUAAAGCUAUGCGUGUAAAGCUAAAUAGUAUGUACUGCGUUUUAUUUUUACGGAGUGUGAUCCGGAAAAUUAUUUUAUCAUGGGUUGAACAGUAACAAAACAAAGUCUAUUGACAACACAACCACAGGUAAUUUAACUUAAUUACUCACAAAUGCAUUUCAUCAUUUUCAGCUAUGGAAGGUUGGUUUAUGUACUUAUAAGAAACCAAGUAAUAUAAAAUAAACAGUAGCACGUUGAUAUAACCAUAGCUUAUAUUGACUAGUGACCCCUAGUAAUAGGUAGCGAAAUUAUGCCUUAAACAUAGUUCCCAAUAGCGUAUUUUUAUGAUGCCGUGCUGCCUCACCCUACAUGUUACGAUUGUAAGAUUGUAUAUUUUUAACAUGUUAUACACCCAUUUCAUAUUAUAUAUUAUAUUCACGGUUAACCAUUUUUAGAUAUAGCGCGCGAAUAAUAGGUGUUGCCAGAAAAGUCAAAAAGAAAAGUCCAAUAAAGUGGUAUCUAACACUGCCGCAAUAUAAGCAAGAUGGGGGCAACAUUUCUUUUCAAAAUUCAAAAUAUAAAUACUUCGAGAUGCGCUUUUAUUUGGCGUUGAUAAAAAUUUGAUGCGGCCUCACUUGCUUUUGAUGGCAGAACAGAUGACUUAGGAAUAGCAUUUUAUUGUAUGUACACAUAAACAAUAAAUUCCAACAGUAUGAAUUAAUUGUUCACGUCUAUUCUAAAGUAGCGCCAAUGCUAUUUGCCGUCAUGUUAUCAUACACCGAGGGAACACACGAAUCUAUUCGAAAUGUGGCGCAGCGAACAAUGGCAUUUCAGUUUGGUUGUCGUUGCGUCAAAAUGGCGCAAUGUGACUGGUUCGGUGUGUCUCAUUUCGAAUAUAUUCGAUGGUGAGAAGUGAAAUGCUAACCCGCACUUCGCCCACCGAUUACUGUACUGAUGUUAACACGACAACUCUGUCAUGUUAAUACGCUGUUUUAUAUAUAGUGUUGUGAGUGUGAUAUUACAGUCUUACAAAGCAACCAUGGUCCAACUGGUGCUUUGCAUUGUUCAUUGAACUUUGCGUAAUAUUCCUGUUGCUAAAGCCCGGUUUGCAUUAUGACUAGGUUAUGUGGAAGUGUUAAUUACUGGUGUUAAGUACUAUACUUGGACACGCUCUAAUCACAGCUUGUCCACAGUGUGUACAUAAUACAUUUAAUCAAAAUGCCAACCGGGCUUAAGCUUCUCCAGAGUAUACAUGUGAUAAUGCAUCUUGGGAUUUAUUGAUUUGGCUAACCCAGCCAGGGUUAACCAAAUCAAUAAAUCCCAAGAGGCAAGAGGUUCUUGUAUGAAAGAGCACGUAAUUCCAUACAGACUGAAGUUGCAAUAACUUGCUAUCUAUUACAACAUAAUAGUGGUUGAUUUUUUUGGCAACCCUAGAAUGUUCUUGACAAAAAACUAUGGUUAUACUGGUUAUGUUGUAACUAUUUACCUAUAAAAUGUUAUUAUUACAGGCAAUAACAAUGUAGUUCAAUUUAAAUCUUAAUUUAUAUUAUUAUAUACAGAUGAAAUAUGUAUUUUAAUAUGUAUUGCAUGCACAGAUAGAACUAGGGCCCGUUACGUCAUUCUCGUAGGUUACCGUUAAUUACUUACACCAUUUUAUUUAUGUACGAUGUGGUCUCCAAAAUAUUCCGGAAACCUUCGGUUCUUACAUCUUCACCCAAUUUUGAUCGUUGUCUUGUAAAUAUUAAUAAAGGAUCAAAAUUAAAAA